AUGUCCAAGUAUCAUGUUACUGUCAAAUUGCCUCGUUUCAAAUUAGAACAGUCAUUGCAGUUAAAAGAUACAUUAUCCAACCUUGGAUGUCCAACAAUGUUUACACCAGAGGCAAACUUUUCUAACGUGGUUGAAGAUGGUGAUCUGUAUGUGAAUAAACUUGUGCAUAAGGCAUAUGUCGAUGUCAAUGAAAAAGGAACUGUGGCUGCAGCAGUUACAACAACGGUAUUCUCGUAUUCGCUUGUGUUGACACCGCCAAAAGUUGAGUUUCACGCCAAUCAUCCAUUCGUCAUGAUGAUACUCUCUCGUGCUGGCGACGUUUUGUUUCAUGGCCGUCUGUCAAAACCAUAA